CACCAUAAAUAGUGCCGGGCACAGGACCCUCAGUCCCUCCUCGGUGGCUGUGCCUGCUCUGCACCUGCUGUGACUUCGCUCAAGAUGCCCGAGCCAGCGAGGAAGCCAGUCUCGGCCUUCAGCAAGAAGCCGCGGUCAGCAGAGGUGGCUGAGGGCAGCCCGGCCAUCUUCGAGGCAGAGACUGAGCGCCCCGGGGUGAAGGUGCGUUGGCAGCGGGAUGGCAGUGACAUCAGCGCCAGUGACAAGUACGGCCUGGCUUGUGAGGGCCGGCGGCACACGCUGACGGUGCGGGACGUGGGCCCCACCGACCAGGGCUCCUAUGCGGUCAUCGCGGGCUCCUCCAAGGUCAAGUUUGACCUCAAGGUCACAGAGGCAGAGAAGGCAGAGGAGACCCCUGCUCCUGCCCCUGCUGAGGCCCCUGGAGCCCCAGCUGCACCUUCCGAGCCAGAAGGCGGCGCCCCAGGCCCUGAAAGGGAGCAGGCUGGGCAGGCUGGGCUGGGUCAGGCACCCCCAGGCCCAAGCCCGGCCGCCCCCGAUGACCCCAUCGGGCUCUUCCUGACGCGGCCGCAGGACGGCGAGGUGACAGUGGGUGGCAGCAUCACCUUCUCAGCCCGCGUGGCUGGGGCCAGCCUGCUGAAGCCGCCCACCGUCAAGUGGUUCAAGGGCAAGUGGGUGGACCUGAGCAGUAAGGCGGGUCAGCACCUGCAGCUCCGAGACAGCUACGACCGGGCCAGCAAGGUCUACCUGUUUGAGCUGAUCAUCACUGACGCACAGGUGUCCUCCGCUGGUGGCCACCGCUGUGAGGUGUCCACCAAGGACAAAUUUGACAGCUGCAACUUCAACCUGACUGUCCACGAGGCCGUCGGGCCUGGGGACCUGGACCUCCGAUCUGCUUUCCGCCGCACGAGCGUGGCCGGAGGAUCUCGGCGUACCAGCGACAGCCAUGAGGACGCGGGGACGCUGGACUUCAGCUCGCUGCUGAAGAAGAGAGACAGUUUCCGGACCCCGCGGGACUCCAAGCUGGAGGCGCCGGCCGAGGAGGACGUGUGGGAGAUGCUGCGGCAGGCGCCGCCGUCCGAGUACGAGCGCAUCGCCUUCCAGCACGGCAUCACCGACCUGCGCGGCAUGCUCAAGCGGCUGCGCGGGCUGAGGCGGGACGACCGCAAGAGCACAGCCUUUCAGAGCAAGCUGGAGCCGGCCUACCAGGUGAGCAAGGGCCACAAGGUCCGGCUGAGCGUGGAGCUGGCCGACCCGGACGCCGAGGUCAAGUGGCUCAAGAACGGCCAGGAGAUCCAGAUGAGCGGCAGCAAGUACAUCUUUGAGUCAGUGGGCACCAAGCGCACCCUGACCAUCAGCCAGUGCUCGCUGGCCGACGACGCGGCCUACCAGUGCGUGGUGGGUGGCGAGAAGUGCAGCACCGAGCUCUUCGUCAAAGAGCCCCCUGUGCUGGUCACGCGCGGCCUGGAAGACCAGCUGGUGAUGGUGGGACAGCGCGUGGAGUUCGAGUGCGAGGUGUCGGAGGAGGGGGCACAGGUGAAAUGGCUGAAGGACGGUGUGGAGCUGACCCGGGAGGAGACCUUCAAGUACCGCUUCAAGAAGGACGGGCGGCGGCACCACCUGAUCGUCAACGAGGCGACGCUGGAGGACGCGGGGCACUACGCGCUGCGCACCAGCGGGGGCCAGACGCUGGCGGAGCUCAUUGUGCAGGAGAAGAAGCUGGAGGUGUACCAGAGCAUCGCCGACCUGGCGGUGGGCGCCAGGGACCAGGCCGUGUUCAAGUGCGAGGUCUCCGACGAGAACGUGCGCGGCGUGUGGCUGAGGAACGGCACGGAGCUGGUGCCCGACAGCCGCAUACAGGUGUCCCACAUCGGCCGGGUCCACAAGCUGAUCAUCAACGACGUCACACCGGCCGACGAGGCCGACUACAGCUUCGUGCCCGAGGGCUUCGCCUGCAACCUGUCGGCCAAGCUGCACUUCAUGGAGGUCAAGAUCGACUUCGUGCCCAGACAGGAGCCCCCCAAGAUCCACCUGGACUGCCCGGGCCGCACACCAGACACCAUCGUGGUGGUGGCAGGGAACAAGCUGCGGCUGGACGUCCCCAUCUCCGGGGACCCCGCGCCCACCGUGAUCUGGCAGAAGAGCCUCCCGCAGGGGAAGAAGGCCGCGGCCGCACCAGCCCCCGGUGCCCCGGAGGACCCAGGUGCCGGCGACAGCGAGGAGUGGGUGUUUGAGAAGAAGCUGCUGUGUGAGACCGAGGGCCGGGUCCGUGUGGAGACCACCAAAGACCGCAGCGUCUUCACUGUGGAGGGGGCAGAGAGGGAAGACGAGGGCGUCUACACCGUCACGGUGAAGAACCCUGUGGGCGAGGACCAGGUCAACCUCACAGUCAAGGUCAUCGAUGUGCCCGACGCCCCCGAGGCCCCCGAGAUCAGCAACGUGGGCGAGGACUCCUGCACCGCGCAGUGGGCGCCGCCGGCCUUCGACGGCGGGCGGCCGGUGCUGGGCUACAUCGUGGAGCGCAAGAAGAAGAGGAGCUUCCGCUGGAUGCGCCUCAACUUCGACCUGCUGCGAGAGCCGCGGCUGGAGGCGCGGCGCAUGAUCGAGGGCGUGGCCUACGAGAUGCGCGUCUACGCCGUCAACGCGGUGGGCGCGUCCCGGCCGAGCGCCCCCUCGCGGCCCUUCAUGCCCAUCGGGCCCCCCGGCGAGCCCUCCCACCUGGCCGUGGAGGACGUCUCGGACACCACCGUCUCGCUCAAGUGGCGGCCCCCGGAGCGCGUGGGCGCGGGCGGCCUGGACGGCUACAGCGUGGAGUACUGCGCCGAGGGCUGCUCGGAGUGGGUGGCCGCCCUGCAGGGGCUGACGGAGCGCACCUCCCUGCUGGUGAAGGACCUGCCCACGGGCGCCCGGCUGCUCUUCCGCGUGCGCGCGCACAACGUGGCGGGCCCCGGGGCCCCCACCACCACCCAGGAGCUGGUGACAGUGCGGGAGAUACUGCAGCGGCCGCGACUCCAGCUGCCCCGGCACCUGCGCCAGACCAUCCAGCGGAAGGUCGGGGAGCCCGUGAACCUCCUCAUUCCUUUCCAGGGGAAGCCCCGGCCUCAGGUGACCUGGACCAAAGAGGGGCAGCCCCUGCGGGACGAGGACGUGAGCAUGCGCAACAGCCCCUCGGACAGCAUCCUGUUCAUCCGCGCCGCCCGCCGCGCGCACUCGGGCAGCUACCAGGUGACCGUGCGCGUCGAGAGCAUGGAGGACUCGGCCGCGCUGCUGCUGCAGGUCGUGGACAAGCCGAGUGCUCCCCAGGACCUCCGCGUCACGGAAACCUGGGGUUUCAACGUGGCCCUGGAGUGGAAGCCGCCCCAGGACGACGGCAACACCGAGCUCUGGGGCUACUCCGUGCAGAAAGCUGACAAGAAGACCAUGGAGUGGUUCACCGUGCUGGAGCACUACCGCCGCACCCACUGCGUGGUGCCCGAGCUCGUCAUCGGCAACGGCUACUACUUCCGGGUCUUCAGCCAUAACAUGGUGGGGCCCAGUGACAGAGCCGCCACCACCAAGGAGCCCGUCUUUAUCCCCAGGCCAGGCAUCGCCUACGAGCCACCUAAGUACAAGGCCCUGGACUUCUCCGAGGCCCCAAGCUUCACCCAGCCCCUGGCAAACCGCUCGGUCAUCGCGGGCUACACCACCGUCCUCUGCUGCGCCGUCCGGGGCAGCCCCAAGCCCAAGAUUUCCUGGUUCAAGAACGGCCUGGACCUGGGGGAAGAUGCCCGCUUCCGCAUGUUCAGCAAGCAGGGCGUGCUGACCCUGGAGAUUAGAAAGCCCUGCCCCUUCGACGGGGGCAUCUACGUCUGCAGGGCCACCAACCUGCAGGGCGAGGCGCAGUGUGAGUGCCGCCUGGAGGUGCGAGUGCCGCAGUGACCAGGCUGAUGCCCCGGCUGGCCCAGUGCGUACUUCAGUCCCUGCUCAGCCCCUGGGGUUCCAGGACACCCCGGUUCACUCACAAGGACGCCUGUGUCCCAGGUCCAGGCGGAUGCCAGUCUGCGUUCCCAAAGCCUGGAGGGAACCUGGAGGGGCCUCCUUCCUGCCACCUGAUGCGUGUCCUGGGGUCGGACCUGAGCACAACACGGCACCGCAGGCGGCUGGGGCUCUGCACAGAGGGGCCUGUCACAGCUGCCUGCGUGGGCCUAGGGAUGGGGGAGGGGGGACAGGCUACUCCGGCCACGGAGCUCAGUGUCUGGGGCAAUAAAAGAGCCGUGCACAGAGGACA